CACCGGGACUCACCGGGACUCCGGGGCUUCUAUAAUCCGGGGGAGGGGGGGCAGCUGCGGCGUCACUUUUACCCCACCGCCGGUCCUUCUCCUCUUGCAGGAAUCACGGAGCCGCUCCGACGCUCCUCUCAGCAGAGAUCAGGCGGACGGGGACGCGGGGCGGCGGUGCGCUCGGUCGGUGCACGCUUCUCCAACAACACAAAGUGGUGUCAAAGUGCGUGGAGCUGCGUGUUCAGGCUGGAUCUUUAUUCCUUCAACUUUCCCAGAGUGCAGAGAGCGGAGGGGGGGUCCGGCUCCGGGAUUUACUGUGUGUGUGCUGGUUGUCAGGCAGCGGGGAGGAGCAGCGCCGCGGAGCCGCAGAGGAGCCCAUGCGGACUGGAGCGACUUAUCAAUGAAGCAGGAGAUCAUGGCGGAGGGUCCCCGCUGCAAGAGGCGAAAGCAGGCCAACCCCCGGAGGAAGAACGUGCUGAACUAUGAGAACGUGGUGGAGACGACCUCGGAGACGGACGAGGACGACAGGACUCUGCUAUCUGAGGACGCUGGCUUCGCUAACGGUGGAGGGGAGGAUGAGGAGGCCGGCAGCCCGGCCGGCAUUCCCCCCAUGGAGACGUCUCCCCGGGUCGGCCACGCCCUGUUGUCUGACCACCAGGACGGAUCCGAUGGGCUGCAGGACCCCCACGGCUGGAGGCUGGAGGACGGACGCCUCGAUGACAGGAAAGACGAGUACGAGCCUCUGGGUCCGGAGGCGUCGCUGCACGCUGUGGGGAACUCUGCAGUGAAGCGACUGGAGGGCAUCUCCGAACUGGACGAGUACUUCCUGAAACGUAAGCUGGAGGAUGGCGAUGGUCACCCGGCAACCAUCGCUGAGUACCUGCAGCGCAGCGACACCGCCAUCAUUUACCCAGAAGCCCCGGAGGAGGUGACGCGACUGGGCACGCCCGAAGCUGUCGGUCAGGAUGAGAGCGAACACGACCUGCCACCCGGGACGCCAGACGACUUCGCCCAGCUGCUCACGUGUCCGUACUGCGACCGUGGCUACAAAAGGCUGACGUCACUGAAGGAACACAUCAAAUAUCGACAUGAGAAGAACGAGGAGAGCUUUGCCUGCCCGCUGUGUCCCGACACCUUUGGCCACCGAGCCCAGCUGGAGCGCCACAUGACCACACACAAGCCCUCCAGCGACCAGCCGCCGCUGCUCGCCGAAGGAGCUGGAAACCGCAAGUUCAAGUGCAGCGAGUGUGGAAAAGCCUUCAAGUACAAGCAUCACCUGAAGGAGCAUCUUCGCAUCCACAGCGGUGAGAAGCCGUACGAAUGCUCCAACUGUAAGAAGCGUUUCUCCCACUCCGGAUCCUACAGUUCCCACAUCAGCAGUAAGAAAUGCAUCGGCCUGAUUGCUCUCAACGGACGAGUGCGCAAUGGAAACAACGGCAAACCUGGCUCCUCGCCCAACUCCACCACCUCAUCGCCUGGAAGUCCUGCACUCGCCCAGCUCCGGCACAAACUAGAAAACGGGCGGCCGCUCCUCAGUCAAGAUCAGCAGCUGGACAUCAAAGCUGAGCCGAUGGACUUCAAUGAGUACCGGCUGCUCAUGGCCUCGCAGCACGGCUUUGGGGGACCAGGGGUCUACCUGAAUGGCCGAGGCGGGAGCCCUCUGGGUAUCCACGGCUCCUCCCAGAGCCCCCUGCAGCACCUGGGAGGCCUGGGACUGGAUCUCCCCCUGCUUCCAUACACAUCGUCCCUCGGGAACAACCUGAGCGAGGUGCAGAAGGUGUUGCAGAUUGUGGACAACACAGUGUGCAGGCAGAAGAUAGAUGGGAACCCAGAAGAGAUCUCUAAGCUCAGGGCCUACAUGAAGGAGCUGGGGGCCCAGAUGGAGGAGCACCAGCUAGCCCAGGCCGGCUUCCAGGUGGUGGGACAUGGCAGCCCCACCAAGAGCAUCAUCGACUACACGCUGGAAAAGGUCAAUGAGGCCAAGAAUCUUAUUGACGAGUCCAAGAGGCAAGUAGACGUCAAAAAGGAGAAACCAAACCACUCAGUGGAUCUUGGUGGCGAUGAAAAAUCUCACGACAGCCAGAACCAGUUCCUGCCGUUCUCCUGCCAGUACUGCAAGGAAACGUUCUCCGGGCCGAUCCCGCUGCACCAGCACGAACGCUACAUGUGCAAAAUGAACGAUGAGAUCAAAGCGGUCCUGCAGCCGGCGGACAGCAGUCCUGCAGGGCGCCGAGGGUCGAUGGCCUCCGAACUGCCCGGUAACGACCGGUCCACCAGCCCCGUGAACCACUUCAAGGACCACGUUUCAGUGCUCAAGGCUUACUUCGCCAUGAACACUGAGCCCAACUCAGAGGAGCUGCUCAAGAUUUCCAUCGCUGUUGGCCUUCCUCAAGAGUUCGUCAAAGAGUGGUUUGCACAGUGGAAGAGCCAAAAUCAUCAUGUAGGCAGUCUGAGGAAAAAGUCGCCACCUCCUGACCGCAGUGGGCCAGACACCAACCACAGCUUGAGCCGGUCUCCAAUGUCUCUUCCUGCUGUAGAUUUACAUGGAAGCUUCACUAAUGGUGAAGCCUCCCACAGACUUACAAAGGCCAACCAGUUUACAGCCAACAGGCAGAUAACAGGGGACAAACCACUAGACCCCUUGGACCACUUGAGGAGCAACACCCCAUCACCCCUCAACCUUUCCUCUACUUCCUCCAAAAACUCUCAGAGUAGCUCUUACACUCCAAACAGCCUCGCCUCAGAGGAUGCCCACGGGGACAUACCACUGGAUCUCUCGCUGCCCAAACACAUGGUGCACAAGCUCAUGUCCAUUGGAGAGAAGCGAGCCAGACCCAACGGUUUGAUAAUGGAGCGAAACGGGGAGGUUUCAGUUCGAGAGCAGGGGUGCGGGCCAAUAGACCUGAUCAACAUCAAGAAGGAGGUCCUGGGUUCCAACGGUGGAGGGAGUUCCAUCCACCAGCUGGAGAAAAGCACCAGUCCCAUCUUUGGGAUCAACCCCUUCGCUGGUGGUCCUGUCUACACCUCCCUUCCACCUCACGGAGCGUUUCCUCCACCUACCUUCAUGUCUCCUGCCCAGGCCACCAUCCCAGGCCUCAGGCCCUACUCAGGCCUGGACCCAAUGAGCUUCCUCCCCCACAUGGCCUACACCUAUGCCACUGGGGCAGCCACAUUUGCUGAAAUGCAGCAGAGGAGAAAGUACCAGCGGAAACCAGGUUUCCAGGGGGAGCUGCUGGACGGGACGGCGGACUAUCUGUCAGGCCUGGACGACCUGACAGACAGCGAUUCGCUGCUCUCCAGGAAGAAGAUUAAGAAGACUGAAAGUGGUAUGUACGCGUGUGACUUGUGCGACAAAACAUUCCAGAAGACCAGUUCCCUCCUAAGACACAAAUAUGAGCACACAGGUAAACGUCCUCACCAGUGUCAGAUCUGUAAGAAGGCCUUCAAACACAAGCACCAUCUGAUCGAACACUCGCGGCUGCACUCCGGAGAGAAACCCUACCAGUGCGACAAGUGCGGAAAGCGCUUCUCUCACUCGGGCUCGUAUUCGCAGCACAUGAACCACCGCUACUCCUACUGCAAGAGGGAGGCGGAGGAGCGUGAGGCAGCCGAGAGGGAGGCCCGGGACAAAGGGGGCGGGGUUGGAGGUGUCGGAGGAGGCGUGGCUUCUGGAGGUCUGGAGCCCACCGAGCUGCUGAUGCAGAGGGCCUACCUGCAGGGCCUCGGGCCACUCGGAUACUCGGACCCCGAGGACCAGCCGGAGGACGGCGGCGGUGGUACGAUCCUGAGGGACGGCAGCGAAGGAGGUGGAGGGGAGGUGGACAGCAAGAUGUAUGAGGAGGUGACAGAUGGACAGGAGGCAAGUUUCAGGGAAGGAGACGAGGAGGAGGAUGGGCGGCGGAUGGACUCGGCGAUGGACGGCAAGGACAGAAAAGACUCGACGCAGCUGAUGGACGACAGUUCACGAGAAGGGAAGACAGAUGGGAAGUCGGACCAGGAGGACUGAUCUCAACGGAAACGACACUUCGCAGCGUUGGGAGGUUUUCUACGUCGUGGCUGACGGAAAUGAUCGCAGAGGCGUUUUUAUUCACCGUCACAUCCGACCACAAAGACGAGUUCAGGACUUUACCCUCGUUUUAAUGACCUCUGAGCAGGAAGUAAAGCUGUGACUCACAUUUAUCAGGUUCUGUCUGGGUUUAAUUACUCGCCUCAAGAGUUCUGAUGUCUUGUGCAGCUUCAUUUAAAUUCUUUAACUCAUUUCUGUGAUAUUUGAAAACUCUAAAAGCUCUUUGUAUUAUCAGUUAAUUUCAACCAAUCUUUAAAAAAAACUUUAAAUUCAGUGACAGCAGCCUCUUUAAUGUGAAUAUUUGCUGGUUUCUUUCUUCCUCUAUGACUAUCGUUGGACAAAACACAACACCAAUCUGUAUUUUUCACCAUUUUCUGACACUUAAGAGAGCAAACUGUUGAUCUACAAAAUAAACCACCAUGAAAAUUGUUAGUUGUAGCUCCUGAAUGAACCAAACUCUGUGUGAAAAGUUUCAAUUUAUUUCCAAGCAGAGAAUGUUUACGAAUGAAUCUGGAUUUUUAGCUCCAAUUUGGGUGUCCUCCAGCAGAUUUUAGAAUCGGUUGGAGGGUUUUGUCAUUCAACAGUGUGGAAACUCUUAGCUAAAAGGCUAAACAACAUUCAAAAACAAAGAAAAAACUCAUUUUACGACUUAUUUUUGGCAGAAAGUGUCUUUUUUUUUAUUGAAAACAGUAAUUUUUCUGUUUAUUUUCCUCCCCAAAAACUUGAAAAUCCAAAUGCUAUUGUGAUUCUGGCUGCAUGUUCCCAUCAUAACACCUGUAGAUUAUAAUUUAUCAGUGCAGUGCUUCAAUGUAAUGUAUAUUGCGACACAUUUUAUGAAAAAAAAUCCAAAAUUUACUCAACUAUUCUGCAAUUUUGACGAUAUUUCGACCAGUUGUUCAGUCUGGAUGUGGAUUUUUAUGCUUUGAUUUAAGUUUCAGUUAACUUUAAGAUUCACUGCAUUUAAAGCACAUUAGAAUCCAUUUAAACAUUUCCUGCUCUUUAUUUUAAUGCAAAGAUGUCAAUAUUUAAAGUCCUUACAGCAGAUUUUCAAAAUUCCAUGCAGAACAGAACAGUUAUCUUAAAACAAUCUAACAAUUCCAAAAGGGAAAAAACAGCAAUAUUCAAGGUAAAUAAAGUUGAAAUAAUAAUAAUAUUGAUAACGUGUAAUUGUUGAAAUUAAUACAACUCAGCAGUUGUAUUGACAUGAAAAUGUCUAAAAUGACAUAAAAUCUCUCUAAAAUCCCUCCAACAAGUUGAAAACAGGAAACUUAUCCAGAAAGACUGAAAAAGUGGUCCAAGAAGGUGUUGAAAGUGGUUUUAAAAUCAUCUAAAUUUCCUCAACAAUGUCCAAAGCGAUGAAAAAUUUGUCCAAAUCAGCAAAGUGUCCAAAAUGCAUCAAAAGCUUUUAAAAAUUAUUUAAAACUUGUCCAAAAUGACAUAAAUGUCAUGCAAAAUGACUCCAGAAAGUCGUACAAAUGACUCGAAACGUCCAGAAUGACUCACAGAAUGUCUAAAACAACUUAAAGUGUUCAAAUUGAUUCAAAAGCUGCUCAAAAUGACUUAAAAUUUGCCCAAAAUGACUUGAAACUUGUCCAGAAAGGCUAAAAAGAAAGGUCCAACAUGCCUUAAAAUUUGUUCAAAAUGAUUUUCAAAAUCGUCCAAAUUUCCUCAGCAAAAAAUUGGUCCAAAAAUAAAAUGUUCAAAACAGAUAUUCAGUUUAAAAACCUCCCUUCUUUGGCUUCCAGGAGGUUUUAUCUGAAUUCUAACUGAAUCUUUUUGCAGUUUGAGGCGAGAACCUUCAAUCACAGACCGAACCUGAUGAAUCGUUGACGAAGCCGAGGGUCCGAGGACGAAUUAAUCAGUUUUAUCGGUGUGUUCAAACGGUGAAUCGUCUGCAGAAAAGUCCUCCAGCAGAGACGUGGAGAUCGCUUCAAAUCCACAUUAUGCAAAAAAGAAAAGAAAAGAAGAGCAAAGAAAAGCAGAAGUGAUAAUGAUUAUCAUUUUGAAGCUGUUUUAAAUGUACAGUAUUAUAAAGGCCUAAAAGCUGUGUGGUGCUAUAAUGUUCUUAACUUCCUGUCGUGUCGCGUCGUGUUCAAAAAAUCCCCACUUUAGAAAAAUUGCACUCGACUCCCUGAAUCACUACGAAAUGAAAAUAUUAAAAAAAGAAAGGAAAAAAAAAGAGGGAAAAGCGCCUCAAACACUUCCUGUCAGUAUUAUUGUCGUAUUUGUCUCCUUUUUACUGUGACGUUUUAUUUUUUAUGUUUUUUUUUGUUUUUUUUUACUUCGAUCCUGUUUUAUUAUUUUUGCCAGCUAACCACACGACUUUGGGCCUCCUGAUUUUAUUAUUAUAAUUUUUUUUUCUUUCUUACGUGAAGGAACAUUUAAACCUGUGUGAUUUUUUUAUAUAUAAAUAAAUGAAUAAAAUGUGGAUGUGAGUCUUAAAACGGAGGCAGGAGCGAAUACGAAAAAAGGGCUCCGAUUUAAAAAAACAAAAGAAUAAAAGAGGACAGAGCCUUUUUUUCUGUGUGUGUUUUUGAUUAUUUUUUUCUCCAGAGAAAGCCUUAUAUGCAAACCUGUCACCUGUGCGUUUCUAUAAAGUGCCAUCCCUGUACAGUGUCCUCACCUGUCCUCUGCUCGGCUUCAGUAUUACAAUGAAUAUCUCAUCCAGUUUGAUUCGUCAGUAUUAGACGUAGAUAGACGGCAGUUUGUUAGUUUACAUAUGUUUGUUUGUGCAAUUUUUCUCUUUAAUUUCUGUUCCGCCACAGUAUUAUUAUUAUUGUUAUUAUUUUCCUGUCAGUAUUACUUUUUUGUUUAAUUUCUGUCAAAUUUUCAACGCAAAUUUUUUUCUUUUUUUUUGGAGAAUUUACCAUUUUAUUUAUGUGACUCAUUUUAUAUUUCCUAAUUUUAUUUAUUUCAUACUGUAGUGUACAGUAUUAGAGUUCCUCACAAAUAGAUAUAUUUUAGUAAAAAUGAUUCUGUCAUCGAACUAUUGGAGCAAAAAUAAAUAUGAAUAGAGCGUUUACGGUAUUUGGAACGUGUUUUUUUUUUUUGCUUUGUUUCCUUUGAAACUACUGGAAAUUCUAAAUUCUUUGGGGAACUUUUGAUACGACGAUUCUUGUGAAAACACUGUAUUUUUUGAGUAAUCCACUUUAUUCAUCCCACUGAAGAGGUGACGAAGGACUGAUGAUGAUGAUGAAGGAAUUCCUGAAAUGUCUGAAGUAUUAUUAUUUUUCAUUUUCUUGGAAAUGACCAUGCUCGAAUAAAUGUAGCCAAAUUAAAUUUUAAUAAAGCUGUGUUAUUCUUCUUGUA